AUGCAACUUGACUUGGCUAUUCAAGAUAUUUCAAGACGAGAUAAGAUUCUUCUCGAGAUGUAUUGCAUGGUUCAGUUGAUGGCAACAAAAGACAAAGAAAGAGAUUCAUGUGCAAAGCGACAACUUUUAGUUAUAAUUCAUAAAAUGUUUAAUGGACAACACUGGCAUGGAAAAUCCUUUCUGGCUCUGUUUCAAUUGCUUGUUUUCAUGGCUUCUUCUAUUGUUGUGUUUCUCGAAUCAUUUACAGUUCAACCACUGGUGAGUGCUGCUACUGCAUCACUUGUUUUGCCUUUGCUUUCCCCAAGUGAAUUCACGAAUGAUAUCGCAACUUGCGAGUCGAUGUCGAGACUUGAAAAAACAUUAAACGACAAGUCGUAA